GCAGUGCGCCUGCGCAGUUCGGCCUCCGCCGCUCCCCCCCCCCCACGCCCGCUGCCUCCGAGCGCCGCUCGCCUUGUCUGUCUGUCUCUCUCCGGAGCCAUGGCUGGGGGGGCGCCUGUCCAGGCUAUGGAGUGUGAGGCGGAGCCAAGGUCUCUCCUGCCCUUCCAGUCCCUUGUGAACCUCAAGCAGGCCACUACGCGGGAGAUGCAGGUGCAAACGUCCGAGGCUUCCAUGUGGGCGGCGGUGGCGGCCAUCCAGGCCAUCGACAAAACGGUUGACAACCACACCAUGCGCUUGCUGCGCUUGGAGGGCAGGAUGGGGUCAGCAGAGAAGAAGCUGGGAGCCUGUCAAAAGACCUCAACCGAAAUGGAGAACCAGCUGGAGAGCAAGUGGGCUGCGCUGGGGACCUUAACUGAGGAGUACAGGCAGCUCCAGAAGAGACUGGAGAAUGUGGAGAAUCUGCUGAAGAAUCGGAACUUCUGGAUCCUGAGAUUCCCCCCUGGUGUGAAGGGAGAAACGCCCAAGGUUCCAGUGACCUUUGAUGACCUCUCAGUCCAUUUCAACGAGAAGGAAUGGGGAGACCUGGACGAGUUGCAGAAAGAGUUGUACAAGACAGUCAUGAAAAGCAACUAUGAGAUGCUGGUCUCGCUGGACUAUGCCGUCGCCAAGCCAGAGAUCCUGACUCGGAUUGAGCAGGGAGAAGAGUUGUGUGAGAAAGGACUUGGAGAUUCAGAAGGCAGUGGUGUCCCUGAACAACUUGACGCAGACUGCCCUGCUGCUCCAGUCGAUGUUUCUUUGUGGCUUAAACAAGAGGUGGAGGAAUCCCAGAAUGGGGAGGCUAAGCUUCCUGAGGAGACGAGCAAUGGCUGCCACAUGGGUUCUCCCAUGGAUAUAGUAGAGUCAUCCUCGUGGAUUAAAGAGGAAGUGGAAGAGGUGCGCUUUGUUCCUGAGAAUGGCCAGGAAAGAGACCUCGGCCACAAAGGCAGCCUGGAAUAUCAAACUGUCACGGUGGAUGAAGAGCACAUGGCGGAACCCCAGGAAGGCAUGUGUGCGCAAGAGCCGUUGUUCCUUGGUGAAGGGCCUAGCACUGCAGAACAAGAAACUUCAGCAGAGACACAGGAAGACGGAUGCCGCCGGAAGCCGGACUUGCUCAUCGACCUGUCGGGAAGAACCACCCCUCCCAGCCCUGGCCAGAGCCUUGCCUGUGGCGCUGAGCCUGGUGCCCAGCCCCAGCCCAUCAAGGAGGAGCCAGAGAACUUUAUGCAGGAGCUGUACUCCUACCUGGACUGCGGGAAACGCUUCGGGCACAAGAGGUCUCUGCUGGACCACGAGACGCCCCACCCCUUUCAGUGCCUGGAGUGCCACAAGAGCUUUGGCUGGGAGGACGAGCGCCAGCCGGACAGCCACCCCCCUGCCACCUGCCCCGAGUGCACCCAGCGCCUGCGCAAGAAGCGCUCCAGCCUGGCGCACGCGGCAGACGCCCAGCCCUUCGCCUGCGCCACCUGCGGCGCCACGUUCAGCCAGUGGUCGAUGCAGCUCCUGCACCAGAAGUGCCACGGGCCCCACAGCCACUCCUGUGGCGACUGCGGGGCCGGGGCCGGGUCGGCGCAGGAGCUCCAGCGGCACCGGAGGGCCCACGCUGUAGUGGGGAGGGCCCACUCCUGCCUCAACUGCCCCUGCAGCUUCCUUUCCUCCUCGGAGCUGGCCGCCCACCGCCGGACGCACACCUCCAGCUGGCCCUUCACCUGCAGCUGGUGCCAGAGCACCUUUGCCAGCCGCAAGGUGCUCUCCGAACACCAGGAGCUGCACGUGGCGGCGGCGAGGAAGGUCCUGCCCCACGUCAAGCUCAGCUUCAGCUUCAACUGGCGUGAGUUCCUGGCGGAACAGAUGAAGCACUGCCUGCACUCCAGCUGCUCCCCGCGGCAGGCGCUCGCUGAGCUGCUGCAGAAGAACUCGGAGCUGUGGCCCUACCCGUGCGCCGAGUGCGGCACCCACUUCUUCAACCAGUGGGCCCUCGCCAACCACAGGUGCGCUCCCUCACCAAAGCCGCCCGCCCAGGUCGUGGCAGGGGGUGGCAGCGUGCUUUGGCAGGGGGUGGGCGCAGAUCUGCCCCCAGCUGCGUUCCAGUGCCCCUCCUGCGGCCUGGGUUUCCCCCAGGAAGAGUUGCUGGCACAGCACCUGCCCAGACACAGCGGCGAAGGGCGCCCUUUCCAGUGCCCCCACUGCAAGAACAGCUACCUGUGCAAGGAGGCUCUGGCCGGCCACGUGCAAAGCCACUUCACCUGGCGGCCGGCCCACUGCUACAUCUGCGACCGGGAUUUCGGCCAGCCGGAGGAGCUGGUGGAGCACCUCAGCACCCACGUGGUGGAGCACCCCUACAAGUGCGGCCGCUGCCACAAGAGCUUCCUGAGCCCCUUCCUGCUAGGCAAACACUUCCAGCAGGAACAUGCUGCCCUGGGGUAGCCGCACAUCCGCAACUGGUUCGCUCAGCCUGAGCUGCUGGAAAGAGCACCUGCUGUCCCACGCUGCCAGGGACCCCUUCCAGGGCGGGGGGUGAGAGAGGCUGUUCUUGCCGGCACUGCUGGGGGAGCGUGGGAGGAAGCAUACAGAAGAGGAGUUGUGCCUGGUGCAAAUGGGGGAAAAGACAGAAGUGUCUUCUCUAACUGGCUGCAGAAAGGGUUCCCCAAACUGAACGUGGCUGGAAAAGACUUUGCUCAGGUGGAAAGGGCUGCCUGCAUCUCGAAGGGUCUCUGGUUCACCUUCCUCUUCUUCCUCCUCCCCGCUGCGAUCCUUCAGUAUCACUCUCAGACUGUGCUGUCGCUGCGGGAGUUGCAAUCAGUUAACUGGCAAAUCGCCUCCCGCAUAUGGGUCCCGAGGUCUGCUUUGAGGUCCUUUAACAAUCACAUGGUGUGCAUUUUAUAUGCAUCCUCAAACCAGGCAAAAGGAUUUUCAAAAGCAGGACGAGAGCAACCGAGCAUAGGUUUAAAAGCAACGCAAAAUCAAUGGCUAAGGCAGAGAACUUUUCUCCUAGCUUGGAAAGCUUGUUGAAACUCUCAUGUUCUCACUUGUUUCUGGAAGGGGCAGAGAAGGGGCUCUUCUGGGGGCCACGUGGGUGAGACAGAUUGCAGGGUGCUGUUUUAUCUAGGGGAGAUCCAUGGGGUUGACUCCUUUACGGAUUGUGGGCCCCUGAGAAAAGUGCCUCCCUCAGUGGUCCUGCGAUGAGAUUCUUCCGUUCCAUUUGGAAUGGUUUUAUGUGGUUUGUAGUACUAAUGAGUUUAAUUUUUUUAAAAUAGCAUAGUCUGUUGUUGUAACCUGCCCGGGGACCUAAUAAAUAAAUCUUAUAAAUAAGUGUAGCGCUUGAAGAGCCUUUUGGAGUUGGGUGCAUCAGUCCCUGUACGAACAGCGCUGUCUUUCCAGCAAGGCUGUGGCAGUUGCACUCCAGAAACCUGCAGUGUCCUCUUUUUGCGGGACUCUGGAACACAGGUCACCAGGGUGCCGUAUAGAAUGCAACAAGCACAGGGGUUGCAGGGUGAGGCAGCUGGAGCGAACACACGUUUGCAUGGAGGGAAAAUUUUGCAGGAAGUUUCAAAAGCAGGGAAGCCUGGCCUUUUCUCUAUUUCGGAGCCUGCAAAAGGGUUGUAUUACGGCAGCAACAGAAGCGUGGGAGAUGGGGGAGGUAGCACGCGCUGUUCCCUUCUGAGCAGCCCAGUGCCCUCCGGAUUUAUUAAUUUUUGGACUACAAUUCCCAUCAGCCCCUGGCAUUGGCUGAUGGGAAUUGUAGUCAGAAACACCUGGAGGCCAUGCUGGCUACCUGACAAAAGGGCGGCUUCAGCUUCAAGAGCUGCGUUUCAGAGAUCAUUUUACUAGACACCUUUUCAUGGAAAGGCUUUUGCUCAUGCAGUCGUACUGCGACCAGUAAGUUCAUUCUCAUCACCACCUUUUCAGGAGCUACAAGGAGCAUAAAAUUGGGCAUGGCUUGAUCAAGAUUUUUAUUUUAUUUUAUUUAUUGUUUAUAUACUGCCCUAUGCCCACAGGUCUCAGACCCAAGCCUGGGCUUCCACAGUUGCUGCCCGCCAUGAAACACCAUUGACAGGAUGGGCAGCAACAGCUGCAGAAACGUUCUACGUGAGAACAUUUUAUGCUCUCGCUAACCAUGCUCUUUGAAAUGUGCAUUUUCUAUUUGACUUCCUUUCGUAGUGUUUUCCUUUGAAAUGCCUUAAGAUAUUUUUUUGUUAACUUCACUGCGUCAAAUGUGCAUUCCUUUGUAAUACUUUUAUUUUGGAACCUUUCAGAUAAUAUUUCAGUUUCCUGUUAAUUAAAGUAUGCUUUAGAUGUAUACUUUAUAUUUGACUUCCUUCUGUAGUGUUUUCUUCUGGAUUGUUUCUUUGAGGUUUUAAUGUAUUUUUCCCCCUUAAAAAUACAAAGCGGUAUAGAAAUGAAAUAAAUAAUACGAACAACAACA